AUGAAUUUAUUAAAAGAUUGCUGUAACAAGAGGGCCUUCUCCUCUGCAGUUACCGUGUCGAAGCAAUGGAAGCUCGUAGAAACUAGAAGGGUUGCAGUUCAACCUAAUUACCAGGUAGGUGAUUCUAAACCCCAUUACGUUCCAAGAAGAGAUAAGAAGUUCCCUGAUUAUAAAUAUGGCGAGCCGACUGUCUUUAAAAGAAGUGCAAAGGGUUUGUUCGGUGGUUCUUUUAUUCAAUUUGGUAACAGUAUAUCUGAAAGUAAACAUAAAACUAGAAGAAAUUGGCUUCCAAACAUUGUAAGAAAGGGAUUAUGGAGUGAGAUUCUGAAUAAGAAGAUCGAUAUAAAAUUGACAGCAAGUGUUCUUCGAACCAUUAGUAAAGAAGGUGGUAUUGAUAACUAUUUAAUAAAAGACAAGCCUGCCAGAAUCAAGGAAUUAGGUCCCGCUGGUUGGAAACUACGUUACAGUAUAUUAAAGGAGAAGGAAAGAAGAAGCAAAGAUUAUUUAAAAGAUAUGCAAGUGGUAAAGGGUAAAGAUGGUAAGGAUGUUGUUAUAUACUAUGAUGGGAUCAUAAAUGGUAAACCAUUAAAAGUUAUUAAGAGCAAGAAUAGUUUACUAGGUUUGUUAUUCCCAUUAGAAAAAUUAGAGAAGCUUGCUGAUGGCAUUAAGAUUACCAGAAAAUCGUAUGCAGAUUCUUAUUAUGGCUGCACUAUUGAGCAAGUUCUAAGUAAAUUAGACGACUAUAAUUUCGAUCUAUCUACUGUAUCGCUACAAGAGAAUUGA